AUGCAGGGCCCUGACAGCCCGUUCCCACGACUCAUGGAGGCCCUGGCGAUACCUCCUGCGCCUGGUUACCGCACGCUGGGGGCCCGCGUGGAGCAUGUGCUGGCACCGCGCGACGGCCGGCUGUCGGAGCUGGUCACCGAGUCGCUGCAGCUGCCGCAGGCACGCGGCAGCGAUGGGCUGGCCUGCUGUGGGCCCCAGCACCCGCACGGCAAGCCUUUUGCAGGCGCCGCCGAGUUGCUGCUGCGGUUUGGCGCCAUCCACACCUGCCCCGUGGCCCCCACACUCCCCGCCUCCAUCCUGGCCAGCAUGAGCCAGCAACAAGCGGCCCAGGUGCAGCGCAGGCGGCAGGAGGCGCUGCAGCGCGCCGGCAACAGCUCACAGGCCCGCACGCCGCAGCGCGCCGCAGCAGAUGCUGAGGUGGCGCGGCACGCCUACAUCCGCGUCCACCUGCACCCCAAGCGCUUCCCGGCAGCCUAUUCCGUUGACUGGCUGGACCGCCUCGUGGCCAGCACAGAGGAGUAUGCAGUGGUCAGCAAGCCCGCAGGCGUGCCCGCAGCCCCCACCGUGGACAACUGGCUCGAGUGUGCCCCUGCCUGCGCCGCCCAGGCGCUGGGCCUGCCGCAACCGCUGCUCAUCACCCACCGCCUGGACCAGUGCACCGAGGGCCUGCUGGUGCUGGGCAGGACCAAGAGCUUUGUUGCCCGCUUCAACGAGCUGGUCAAGCGCAGCAGCAACCAAAGCAGCGGCGGCGGCGGCAGCAGCGAUAGCGCCGGCAACAGCGCCCGAAGAAGAAGUGGCGGCAGCAGCAGUGGCGGCGAGGCUGAGGAGGAGGCGCAGACGGAGGGAGGCUUAGGGGGUGGCACGGCUGCCGCACAGCGCCCGCUGCGCAAGUUUUACCGCGCCGUCACCGCGUCACCGCCGCCGCUGGGCCUGCUGCGCCACCACCUCAGCAUCGAGCGGCAGCAGCAGGGCCUGCCGCAGUUCACGAUCGCGCACGAGGCGCCCGUGGGGGGCAGCCUGCCGGCCGAGCUGCGGGUGCUGCAGGUGCAGCCUGUCAGGCUGGGUGAGCAGGCUGCCGGGCUGUGGGGCUGCCAGGAGGUGUUUGAGUGCACGGUAGAGCUGCUGACGGGGCGCACGCACCAGAUACGGGCGCAGCUGUCGGCGGCGGGCUGCCCCCUGCUGGGGGACAGCCUGUACCAGCCCCUGGCCUCACCAGAGCUGCGACAGCGCCUGUUUGCAGGGCACCCGUGCCACGACCUCCAGCAGUCCAGCGGCCGCCUGCUGGGCGAGCCAGAGGGCGGCAUAGGGCUGCAGGCCUGCAAGCUGCUGGUGGCGGACGCGUGCAUGGGCGGCAGCGCAGCGCAGCCGGCGGUGUUUGAGGCGGGCGCGCCGUGGUGGAGGGAUCGGCCCCUGGCGCAGCAGCCCAGCUGA